CUCUGAAGGUGAACCCGGCCCGGUGUUUGUGUCUCUCCGCCCGUCAUUGGAAGCACCCUCUCCCCGUUCACUCCUCCUGCACCGGGAUCAUCUGCCUCGCUCUCAGCCAUGUCCGUCUUCAGCGAUGUCCCGCAGGCUCUUCCGGUAGCAGUCUUCAAACUGACUGCUGAUUUCAGGGAGGACAGCCACCCGCAGAAGGUGAAUCUGGGAGUUGGAGCCUACCGUACCGAUGACUGCCAGCCCUGGGUGCUGCCGGUGGUGAAGAAGGUGGAGCGGCUGAUCGUGGAGGACGACAGUCUGAACCAUGAGUACCUGCCCAUCCUCGGCCUGCCCGAGUUCCGCUCCGCCUCGUCCAAGUUGGCCCUGGGAGACGACAGCCCCGCCAUCAAGGACAACAGGGUGGGAGGGGUUCAGUGUCUGGGUGGGACGGGCGCGUUGAGGAUCGGGGCUGAGUUCCUGCGGCGUUGGUACAACGGCGUCAACAAUACGGCGACGCCCGUCUACGUCUCGGCGCCCACCUGGGAGAACCACAAUAGUGUGUUUGCUGACGCUGGCUUCAAAGACAUCCGUCCCUACCACUACUGGGAUGCUGCUAAAAGGGGCCUGGACCUCGCCGGGCUCCUGGAUGACCUGGAGAAAGCUCCAGAAUGCUCCAUCUUCGUCCUCCACGCCUGCGCACACAACCCCACCGGCACCGACCCGAGCCAGGAGGAGUGGAAGCAGAUCGCCGAGGUCAUGAAGAGGAGGAAGCUCUUUGUGUUCUUUGACUCGGCGUAUCAGGGCUUCGCCUCUGGCAGUUUGGAGAAAGACGCCUGGGCCCUCCGCUACUUUGUGUCCGAGGGCUUUGAGCUGUUUGUGGCUCAGUCCUUCUCCAAGAACUUCGGCCUUUACAACGAGAGAGUCGGCAACCUGACUGUGGUUGCCCAGGACAACGAGAACCUGACCCGCAUCCUGUCCCAGAUGGAGAAGAUCGUCAGGACGACUUGGUCCAACCCGCCGUCUCAGGGAGCCCGCAUCGUCAGCAAGACCCUCAACAGCCCCGAGCUCUUCACUGAAUGGAAGGGUAACGUGAAGACCAUGGCCGAUCGCAUCCUGUUGAUGAGGGAUCAGCUGAAGGCCAAGCUGCAGGCCCUGGGCACCCCGGGGACCUGGGACCACAUCACCCAGCAAAUCGGCAUGUUCAGCUUCACCGGCCUGAACCCCAAACAGGUGGAGUACAUGAUCAAAGAGAAGCACGUGUACCUGAUGGCCAGCGGUCGCAUCAACAUGUGCGGUCUGACCACCAAGAACAUCGACUACGUCGCCCAGUCCAUCCACGAGGCCGUCACCAAGGUCCAGUAAAGCCUGCGUCUGUCCGCCCAACUCCCCGCCUCCUGUGCUCCACAGGAAGUAUCGUCACGCGUGAGCCCUCGAACCCCCCACUCCCUCCUCUGCUUAUCCCUAAUGUCUGAUUGGUUGAACUGCAGCAGGGAUUUGGCAGUUGAACCACUUUCUGUUCCCACACGAAGGUAUAAACAAACCUCUGGGAGGUGCAAUGAUUUUAGGAAGACACUUGAAUGCAGCAGAGCUUCAAACCACACGUGUGCGAGUUCAAAGGUGUUUGUGCAACUCAAAGCGGUUCAGGUCCCAAAAUUCACGAUUUUAAAUGAUAUCCGUUCUUCAGUGAGUUAUAGCAUUUCAUUCUGGUGUUUCUGUAGUGUUGAACAAAAUACCGUUAAUGUAAAUAGAUGUAAUCGCUCUUAGAGCUCCUGAUAUUUCCUGCAUAAGCACUGAACCUUUUUCAGCCAUCAGAUUUGGAGCAAGGAACAAGAGACUGUUGAUAAAAAGACAUUAGGCAGAGACCGAUUACCAGAGCCGAUUACUGUAAUCAGAGUUUGUUUUUAUCGUAUUUAACGCGUUUUGUUUUCCAGUGAUCCCUUUCAGCAUGUACAGCACAACAAAAAACAGGAAGGACGCACAAAACAUGGAGGAUAUCCACGCACAUCCACGAGUACCAAGUGCAGAUAACAUAAAUUCACUUAAAAAUGACUUCAUAACAGUAGAUUUAUGUGUUGUAUUAAUAUAAAAUAAAAAUAAGUAAAUAAAAUCUGACUAAUUAAAGUUACCAGAUAAAAGUAGUGGAGGAAAACAAACAGCAUGUGCCUCCAAAAUGUAGUGAAGUGGUAGUAGGAAGAAGUAGCAGAAACUUGGCAUAUUUAAGUAAAGUACAAGUACCUCAAAGUUGCAUUGUGCCUGAGUAAACUGUACUUCCGUUCCUUGAUAUUCUAAAUUUCAAGGUUGUUACUCCACAUGUGCUUCGGCCAUCGACGGUCGAGCCCCAGAAAGAAUUUUAAUCUUGGAUGUGCUGCUGAAGGACGACUGAAAGCCGAGACAUUUCUGACGUCUACAGAAGGUCAUUAUGACCGCGACGGUUAUCGUCUCUGUCCCGUGAGCGGGUCGGGAGUCACUUCAGAUGCCUGACGCUGUAGAUUUUGCCUUGUCAGACCUGUGCAGCUGCACAGAAGAUCACACUGUUCAGUUAGAGUGAACUGAAGCGCCUCCUCUCCGCCUGUUGUUUCUUUGUCUCCACCCUGCAGUGUCCUCAUUCUGUUGCAGAUCAGACCUCAGAGCCCGACGCUUGGCAGCCACUGAACUGCACUCCCGUCUUGUGGUGUCGUUUGUGAUGGCACACAGCUGUGUGUGUGUGUGUUCAUGCUGAAAUAAACAAAUCAACAAAUCACAGGAACCA